AUGGAACCUGCUGCGGCAGGUUCGAACCGUGUGGUUCGGGUGAAUAUGAUGGAGGGAGUCGGAGCAAGGGUUAUCCGGGGUCCUGACUGGAAGUGGGGUAAACAGGAUGGGGGAGAGGGUCAUAUUGGCACUGUAAGAAACUUUGAAAGCCCAGAAGAGGUUGUAGUUGUAUGGGACAACGGGACAGCAGCUAACUAUAGAUGUGCAGGCGCCUAUGAUCUAAGAAUUCUUGAUAGUGCACCUACAGGAUUUUGUUUAUCUUUUAGGAUAUGUGUUGACUCGAGACGCAAAAGUAAAAAGAUCACAGUUCGAGGAAUUUUCCCUGGUGCAAGAGUUAUUCGAGGUGUAGAUUGGCAAUGGGAGGACCAAGAUGGCGGGAAUGGAAGGCGGGGCAAAGUCACAGAAAUCCAGGACUGGAGUGCAGCAAGUCCAAGAAGUGCAGCAUAUGUGCUGUGGGACAAUGUAGCCAAGAAUCUCUAUAGAGUGGGCUUUGAGGGAAUGUCAGACCUCAAGGUUGUUACAGAUGCCAAAGGUGGGACAGUGUACCGAGAUCAUUUACCAUGUUUAGGUGAACAAGGUCCAGGGUCAAGGUCAGGUCCUGGUGGUCUGGCUAUUGGUGACCAGGUUAAUGUAGAUUUAGACUUUGAAAUAGUUCAGUCUCUCCAACAUGGUCAUGGUGGAUGGGCAGAUGGAAUGUUUGAAUGUUUAGGACAGACUGGGACAGUGGUUGGUAUUGAUGAAGAUCAUGAUAUUGUUGUAUCAUAUUCUAGUGGAAAUAGAUGGACGUUUAACCCGGCUGUAUUGACCAAAGUGAGCACGCCUAGUAGUACAAACUCGGCUACUAGCGAGAACGGCACUAACCUCGGAGCCCACGUGGAGUAG